AUGAUGAUGCGAAUGAACCCAGAUUCUGUUUUUCAGCCAGCUGUUAGUGAGUCCUGGUUCCACGUACCUUUGAGGAUGAAGCAGAAUGAGUUCUGUUCUGGCAGAGAUAUUGUUCUUGACCAACAGUCGCUCAAACUCUCCAAUAUCAGGAGGACGUUGCGAGUCGGCCAGCAACAAAAUGCAGUCACCUUGUUGAAUACAGGUUUUGGUCCACGACGAGUUCACAGGAGUAUCGACCAAAUACGUGACAAUGUCGUAUUUGUCUUCCAGUUCGGAAAAGUAUCCGCUUUGCUUCAGUUUCGCCAAAUGGUCAAAAGCGUGUUUUCCAAGACGGCUCAACGCUGUUGA